AUAAGCACUUCAAAGAGGAAAUAGUCAAGGAGCUUGGAAUUCAGACUUAGUCGAGGUUGCUUGAGCUUUCGAUCUGGACCACAGAUUUUGAAAUAAACCAAAACUGGGUACACACUAUGGAUACCAAAGGCUGUACAACAACUAUUUCUUCUUCAACGCCACACCAAAGAUGCUCUAGGAUUACAAAUUUUAGGACCAUCUUUCCCAACACCAGCUGCCAAUAUGGUGGUCUCGAAGCCAACAGCUGCCACCCUACUCCUUGCUUUUAUCUCACACCCAUCUGCUUGAUUAACAACUUCGGUGCCUGUCCCCCUCUGGAUGACUGCGACUGGUGUGGUGAAGGUAUCAACAGUAAAGAGAAAGAGACCAUGCAAAUUUUGAACGAGCGCCUUGCUAACUACCUGGAGAAGGUGCGGAUCUUGGAACAAGAGAACACUGAACUGGAGUGCAAAAUCCAGGAGGAGUGUAGCAAAGAGCUUUGUGUCGUAUGUCCUGACUACAGGUCCUACUACGCUACCAUUGAGGAGCUCCAGCAGAAGAUCUUGUGUACCAAGGCUGAGAAUUCCAGACUGGUCUCACAAAUUGACAACACCAAACUGGCUGCUGAUGACUUGAGAGCCAAGUACGAAGCUGAGGUGUCCCUACGCCAGGGAGUGGAGGCAGAUGCCAACGGCCUACAGCGGAUCCUGAAUGCCCUGAGCCUCGCCAAGGCUGACCUGGAGGCACGAGUCCAGUCUCUGAAGGAAGAGCUCCUCAGCCUUAAAAACAACCAUGAAGAGGAAAUCAAUUCCUUACAGAGCCAGCUUGGGGACAGACUCAACAUUGAAGUGACUGCUGCCCCUUCUGUCGAUCUAAACCGGGUUCUACAAGAAAUGAGAUGUCAGUAUGAGUCCAUCAUGGAGACAAACCGCAGAGAAGUGGAACAGUGGUUCAACACACAGAUGGAGGGGCUGAACCAGCAGGUGGUGACCAGCUCUCAACAGCAGCAGUUCUGCCUGAAGGACAUCACUGAGCUGAGACGCACCAUGAAUGCUCUGGAGAUUGAACUGCAGGCCCAGCACCGAAUGAGAGAUUCCCAGGAAUGCAUCCUGGCGGAGACAGAGGCCCGCUACACGGCCUUACUGGCCCAGAUCCAGUGUCUGAUUGAUAAUGUGGAGGCUCAGCUGGCAGAGAUCAGGUGUGCCCUAGAAAGACAGAACCAAGAAUAUGAGAUUCUGCUGGAUGUCAAGUCCCAGCUGGAGUGUGAGAUUGCCACAUACCGCAGCCUUCUGGAGAGUUCGGAUGUCGAGCUUCCCUGUAACCCGUGUGUCACCACAUGUGAGCCUUCCAGUAAGGCCAGCACCAUGGAAUGCACAGCCCCGGCUUACAAUACAUCAUCCUCAGCCUCCCGCGGAUCACAUGAGCUCUGCUGUACCUGCAGAGUACUGCCCCAAAUACUGGUUAAAAUCUUCACCAUCACGCAGGAGAUCAGGGAUGGCAAAGUCAUUUCUUCUCACGAGCACGUGCAGCCUUGCUUCAUCCCCAGAAUUGUCAAAGCCUAACAACCCAAGGGAAUGGGAGUUGGUUCCGACUGUUUAACAAGGGACAGGGAGCUGGAACUCUCACAUCAUAAGCCUGCUCUUGCCUCUCCCUGUGACUGGUGCUCAUGAAAAAAUAGCUUAGAUUCCUCCUGCAAUCCAUCCAUCAAAGAGAAGUGGUCUUAAUACCACCAACUUUGCACAAUAACUUUGAUUAUUGAAUGGUUGCUGCUUGCAAGGACAACACAGUGAGAAGAUACCAUUUAUGUACACGCCAUUACCAAAACUUCUCACAGGAGGUCCCAGAGGGUUUCAGUCAAUCCCUACAAAAAUUAUUCGAUGUUUCCAGAAGAUUUAGUAAAUAACGACAAACCAAAUACAGAAUGUGGAGUCAAAAGACCUGACGUCCUAAACUUGCCACUUAGGACCCCGGGCAAAGCAUCUAGCCUCUUUCAAAUUUAAUUUCCUUAUUUGUUAAAGGAGGACCAUGGCUACUUGACAGGUUUGUAGCGUAGAUCAAAGGAAAUUGUUUAUGGCAUGCUACUUGGUACACUGAAGAGCACUAUGCAAAUGUUAUUUUUAUAUAAGCUUUGCUUUGAACUACAGCCCGAGACUUAAUUGU